AAAACCAUCUGAGCCUCAGUCGAGAAGAUUGGCAGAUUGAAUCAACAGUUUUUAGAGAAGAAACAUUCCCGUCUUCUUACACUAAUCAUGGCUCUCUGGAGUUACGAUCCUUUCUCCGACUACUAUUCUACCCCUUAUCCUCGUGAUACGUGGUCUCUUCUUCAACAAGAUCCAGUGUCCCGUUGGGUGGAUUCGCCGUUUUCUUCGUUCUGGCCGAGAGAUUUGUUCAACAUGCCCCCCAUGACGACGAGGCCCUUCCAACAAGCCAGAGAAGUCGUCAGUGACAAGGAUAAAUAUCAGGUGACUCUAAACCUAAAAAACUUCAAGUCCAACGAAGUCAACGUAAAAGUAAUCGACCAAACAUUAUGUGUUUGCGCUGAGCAUGAAGAAAAACCCGAUGAUUCUGGUCGCAUUUAUCGCAAGAUUAAGCGUCGAUAUUUUCUCCCUAAUAACGUCGACUGUGAUAAGAUCAAUGCCACUUUUUCUGACGAUGGAACUCUAAUCGUUUCGGCCGGAAAGAAGGCUAUAGGGCCGGGAAAAGAACGCAACAUUGAGAUCAAACAUCUUCCAGCACAAAAGACUCAACAAUCAUUGCAACAAGAAUCGCAGACAUCUGAGAAGGCAAAGCAAGCAGGCGUGAAUAUUCCUGUGACACGCGAGACGGAGAAGAAGUAAACAAGUACAAAGAGGAGUCGCGUCCA